AUUCGGUAUCGGUACUUACUGAUCGGUUAUCGGUACUCCGGUGAUUACACGUUACACGUGUCCAUUGACGGCUCGGUAUAGGCCAUCACACAAAGGCAAUAGGAAUAGGAAAUAAAGAAAGAGAAAAUCCUUUCUCUCUUUCAUUAUUUCUGUUCCUAUUACCUACUGCCUGGCAUUGUGUUUAGCAGUGUUUAGGCCUUUACUGUUGCAUCAGCUAUUGUUUGGAGUACAUGUAUACGUCGUACAAACGAGAAAUAAUACAGGAAAAUAAAAUAAUAUCGAUGGAUCCAGACAGUUACGCGGUAGAAUUAAUACAUCAAGAUAUCGUCAAAUAUCAGCUUCAAGUAAACGCUCUAAUACAGGACAUACAGCAAUGUAAUGGAUCACUGGAGGAUCUGGACGAGCUCAACGCGGAGGGCAGAGCUAAAAUAGCAGUUUUGAAAUUAUCCAUAGAGCAACUGGCGUCUGUUGCUGAAACGGAGGUGAAUGAAAAGAAGAAGGCUGAACUGCUGUCUGCCGUGGACAGCUACAAGGAGCAGCUGAACACUUCCCUGGCAGCUUUUCGCAAGGCUAAUGUCAUUAGCGCAUGUGUCAUCGACAAACUGGCUAGGGAGAGUCUCUUGUCCAUACCAGAAGAACGGCAAAACGCUCUCCGUAGACGGCACGACAAGCAGAGUCUGACGAAUGCAUCCAGCCAAGUGACAGACAAGUUGCUUAGCAUCUCCAGGGUUCUAGCUGAAACAGCUCAAAGAAGCGCUGAUACAUUGGACACUCUACUGACAUCUUCGGACAAGGUUGACAACACCAAAGACGAAUUGGAGCAUCAGCAACAAGCUAUAGUACAAUCAGGGAAAUUGUUAGGCAAAUAUGAUAGACGAGAAUUAACUGAUAAAAUAUUAAUCGCAUCGGCAUUUGUCUUUUUUCUUGCCUGUGUAUUUUACAUUUUACAACAACGAUUAUUCUGAGCAUGUAUAAAAUGUAAAAUAUCCUACUAUUGAUUUAAUACAAAUAUAAAUUCUUGUAAUAUAAGGUGAUAGUAGUGGAAGAGGAAAUAUUACGAUAUGCGUACUCUCUUCAAGAGUAAAAAAAGGAUAGUGGAUGUGGACUUUUAUAAAUAUUUUAAUAACUUUAUAUAUAAGUUGUUUAUUAAUCUUUCUCUCUUUUAAAGUCAUUUUCAUUCCAUCACCAGAUAUUGUUAAAUGAAAAUAACUGGUUGUAUAUAAUAGCAUCCUGAAAAAAAUAGAAUUUUUAUGAAA